UUACGUAAAGACAUCUAUUACGUAUAUAGCUAGUUUUAAAGGCGUAAUAAUUGAUUAAAGACGUCAAAAGUGCAGGGGUUGAAGUGCCCUGAGCAGUCCCGUGGUCGUGACGUCAUCACAGAGGUCACAACCUUCAUGAUGGCGGCGAUGUUGGCCGCUGGCCGGCCGGCGAAAACUCUCCGGACUUGUAUUCGAGUGAAAACGUCUCCUAGCCACACGAUAACGGCACCAGUUUGUCAGAGAAACACCGGGAAUAUUCUGAAGGCCACGCUAGGAGCCUGCUACGCGAAGUUUCUGAGUACUGACGCUUUUUCUGACGGUAGGUCUGGACCUUCGAGUUACGCAACGACAGGGUUAUGUGGUGGGAGGGUCCCGACUCAGGUCAGAGUCGGUCUACACGACCGGGACAGAUACACCGUAGAAAACGUCUACUCAAGGUUAUUGCAAGAUCCUGUUGUACUCAGAACCAUCAGAGAGUUUUACGAUUGUGAAAGAGAUGUUCUUGAAGAAAAACAAGACUCAGAAGCCUUAGAAGAAGACCAGAUCCUGAAAUCGUAUGUUGGUGGUGGAAUCAGCUUCGCAAACAAAUCUCUGCGAUCAUGGCCUUUCGGUCCUAGUGAUUCUACGUUACAACCCUUCAAGCGAUCUCACAUGAGAAGUUUAUGGACGCAGAGCGGUAGCCAGCGCCAUCAGAAGUUCUACGCCAGAGAGAGACACGCGAACCUCCACUACUAUGACGUUCUCGGUGUAACGCCCAUCGCCACGCAGACCCAGAUCAAGAGCGCAUACUACAAGAAGUCCAUGCAGUUCCACCCGGACAGGAACAAGACGGCGUUCGCCGCCGACCGCUUCACCGAGAUCACGGAGGCGUACGAGGUCCUGGGACACGUGGACCUGCGGAGAAAGUAUGACCAGGGCGUCCUGAACAAGUCGGACUUGUUGAAGGACAGGAAACCGCCAUCGGAACCAACCAGACCCGAGACUGGCCGACAAAGUUACUCGGACACAAGAAUCCAGAGCAGGGGGAAUCUGGGAUACAACAUGGACGAAUGGCUAAAGGGUCACUAUGGGGAAGCUCUGGAACAAGAAAAGAGGAGGAAACGCGUAAGGAAAAACUAUGAAGACUACCAGAAGGCGGCACAGCGGAACAGGAACGACUCAUAUAUCGCUGUUGCGUUGUUUGGAAUCGCAGCUGUGAUUGCCUUCAUAAUGAAGUAGUAAAAAGUUACUUUGAGGAUUUGUGUGAAAUUAACCCUCUCCCUGCUGCAUAACUACAUGUAAUACAGAUUUGAUGCCAAAUGGCUACCUUAGCAUGUUGAACUGAUUAUUAUUGUGCACUUGAGUGACGAACUGUUUUAUAUUCCACUGGGUUCAGAAACUU